GCUCGGGCUGGCUAGGCGGCGGCUGCGGGCGGGAGGGCUGGGGGAGGGCGGGCGUACCGGCAGCAGGUGGGCGGGGUGCGGGCCGGCGGCGGGGGGCGGGGGGCGCCAGGCUGCGCUGGGGCCGGGCGCGGCCUGCCGUGAGGUGCGCCAUGGACUUCAACAUGAAGAAGCUGGCGUCGGACGCGGGCAUCUUCUUCACCCGGGCGGUGCAGUUCACAGAGGAGAAAUUCGGCCAGGCUGAGAAGACCGAGCUCGAUGCCCACUUUGAGAACCUUCUGGCCCGAGCAGACAGCACCAAGAACUGGACGGAGAAAAUCCUGAGGCAGACGGAGGUGCUCCUACAGCCCAACCCCAGUGCCCGAGUGGAGGAGUUCCUGUACGAGAAGCUGGACAGGAAGGUGCCCUCGAGGGUCACCAACGGGGAGCUGCUGGCUCAGUACAUGGCAGAGGCAGCCAGUGAGCUGGGGCCCACCACUCCCUACGGGAAGACGCUGAUCAAGGUGGCCGAAGCGGAAAAGCGCCUGGGAGCUGCGGAGCGGGACUUCAUCCACACGGCCUCCAUCAACUUCCUCACACCCCUGCGCAACUUCCUGGAAGGGGACUGGAAGACGAUCUCGAAGGAGAGGCGGCUCCUCCAAAACCGGCGUCUAGACUUGGAUGCCUGCAAAGCACGACUGAAGAAGGCCAAGGCCGCAGAAGCCAAAGCUGCGACGGUGCCUGACUUUCAGGAGACUAGACCUCGUAAUUACAUUCUGUCGGCCAGCGCCUCUGCGCUCUGGAAUGAUGAGGUGGACAAGUCUGAGCAGGAGCUCCGAGUGGCCCAGACAGAGUUUGACCGGCAGGCAGAGGUGACCCGUCUCCUGCUGGAGGGAAUCAGUAGCACUCACGUGAACCACCUUCGCUGCCUCCACGAGUUCGUCGAGUCUCAGACAACUUACUAUGCGCAGUGCUACCGCCACAUGCUGGACUUACAGAAACAGCUGGGCAGAUUUCCAGGCACCUUUGUGGGCACCACGGAGCCCGCUUCCCCGCCCCUCAGCAGCACCUCGCCCACCACCACUGCAGCCACCAUGCCCGUGGAGCCCUCUGCGGCUGGUCUGGCCCCUCCAGCGGAGGCUGCGCUCUGCCUGGAGGAGGUGGCUCCACCUGCCAGCGGCACCCGCAAGGCCCGGGUCCUCUACGACUACGAGGCAGCUGACAGCAGUGAGCUGGCCCUGCUGGCCGAUGAGCUUAUCACUGUCUACAGCCUGCCUGGCAUGGACCCUGACUGGCUCAUUGGCGAGAGAGGCAACAAGAAGGGCAAGGUCCCUGUCACCUACUUGGAACUGCUCAGCUAAGCGGGACCCCUCCCAGGCCCCUGCUUGUUCUGGCCUGGGCAGGAGAGGAUGGGUGUAGCCCUGCCGUUUGUCUUGUCUGUUGGUGACCUAGCUGCUCAGGGUGGGGAGACUAACCCCUUCCUGUCCUGCCCCUGGUCAUCAGCUGUGAGGGGCCCCAGAAGCUGAAUGUUCCCGGCCCCUUCCCCCAGCCCUGCUUCUGACCUGGUUCUGGAGCCCCCAUCCUGCCUGCGCCCCGAGCACCCCAGUCCUCCUGACUCCUCUAAGGACGGAGGGGCUGGCUGCAUCCUCAGCACUCAACACCUCAGCCUGUAGGGGGUCAGCACAGAGGGCCUAAGGAAGCCCUGGGGUUCACCCUUGGCAAGAUAACACCUGCCUUUUAGUUGCCAAAAGCAGCAAAGGGGGAAGGGCAGGCGGGUCUGUGGCAGGCCCCGGGGACUGGGCGCUGUCCUCUGGAUGUACUGGAGCAGAGGGGAGAGGCAGGGCUGGGCCACAGAGCGGUCUCCCCGGUGCUACCCUUCCCCUCUACCCUAGAGCUCAAGCCAAGUACAGUGGCUACAGCUUGCACCUCCCCCCACUCACUUUUUAACUCAUCUUUUUACUCUGCUUGUCUGCUUUGCUCUCUAGCCAGUGAUGAAUAAACCGUCCGUGUGCAUGUUG